UGAAGCUGUCGCCGCCGGCAAUCGCUGACUACAUAUUUUCCACUUGGCGGAUGUUACGGUUCUCACUUGUGCAAGGACCAUCGAAAUCACAUUAAUUGAGCCCAGGACUAACAAAUAGUGGGCUAGACACCGGCUAUUCAUCGCCUGAGACAGGCGGCCCCUCGAAUUAGUUAUCUGCAGCCUCGUUCCCGUUGGGUUGCACUCUCGACAUCCACUCUCCGAGACAGCAUCGUGGGAGAGAUCUUUGCCAUCCGAGGAUUGAAGCCCGGGCCUCUGCGACUGGUGCAUAUCACCAAGUGGUUCGUAGUGGAUUUUUCUUCGUCUGAUUGUUCCCGUCCGGCCCGCGGCGAUGGAUUCAAAGCCCCUCAUACGCUCAACAAGUGCCGUCUACCGUCUACAAAGCCUUCCACAAAGCGGAGCUACCCGCCCAAGUGACGACACACUUGAGUGAAAUGAGGCUGAAAGACCCAAGCAGCCAUUCUCGUUUUGGCGUAGCGUCUCCCCACACGUCGGGUCGUGACGCGCUAAGAUACGGUACCUUCAGGGUCCAUUUUUACGCGAAAGAUACCUGUUCUUGAGUCUCUAGACUCUCCUCUUUUUUUAUACAUGCUCAUCUCGUCUCUUGUGCACGCCUCAAUAGCUCCGCUGCGCCGUUAUGUGUCUCGUGACUGGUGAUUAUGCGGAUAUUGGCUUGGCUUGACUGUCGGCUGAAUCAUCUCCUAGUUAGCGGCCGGGGCCCAGUGAAUUCGAUAAGUGUCCAUCCCUCGCUUCUUCACCACAGCGACGCAAGGUUACAGCACCAGACUAACUGGAUCCAUGACGCCUCCGAAGGAACCAAAUCCAUUGAUCUGAAUGGUUCCAUGCAAGGGAAAAAAGUCAAAGGGAAAAAGGAACCUCGAUACCCACUUGACUUGCAACUUUAUGCAGUGCCAAGGCUGGUCGGAAAUACAUCACCACGGGUUCCACGGCCCUUGGUAAAAACCCAACCUUGCAAUUUUUUAUCAAUUGCUAUGGCGACUACACGAAAUCUCUGA